AUCUAUGGUUUACUUAUUCUGCAAGUAACUUAUUGCUGCUCUCUCGACUCUUUGCCGGAAAAAUAGACAGCCGCAGUUUUCAAUGGCCGACAAAGCUAAUUUAUUGGGUAAACGAAAGGCGGAGGAUGGUUUGAAGACAGAACCGCUUCUGAGGAGGCAUAAGGAGAAAGAGACUAGGCAAGGAUUAGCUGAUAGUACUCUCAAAGGAACAGCAGGAGAGUUGUCGGAGACAAAGGCCGAUGAGUCUAAUGUAAUCUCAGAAAAGGAGGAGGAGACAGUGGAAGAAAGACUUGAUGAAACUCCUGAGGAAUUUUCAAAGAUCCUCUUUGUUGCAAAUCUCUCUCCCCAAACUGCUACUUCAGAUAUCAUUGAUUUCUUCAAAGAUGUCGGACAAGUUGUUCGUGUUCGUCUUCAGCUCAACGCCCGGGGCAAGCAUGUGGGUUAUGGUUUUGUUGAAUUUGCUUCUUCUAACCAAGCAAAGAUGGCGCUGGAAAGGAAGAACCGUCAAUCUUUGCAUUGUAGCAAGAUUAUUCUAGAUGAAGCUCCCGAUUUUGUUGAGGAAGCUGCCGUACCAAUAAAGACUCUGUUUAUUGCCUCUUUCCCUCGCUAUUCAACUGAAAUAUCAGAUAUCAUCGACUUCUUCAAAGAUGUUGGACAAGUUGUUCGUGUUCGACUUGAAAUCAACGACAGAGGCAGGUUUGUUGGCUGUGGCUUUGUUGACUUUGCUUCUGCCAACCAGGCAAAUAAGGCCCUGCAAAAUAAGAACGGUGAAUAUUUGCACGAUCGCAAGAUUUUUCUUGCUGAUGGCAGUGGAGCUACUUUCAUUCCACCCAAGUUUUGUGUAGACCACAAGGUUUGGUACGAAGAAGAAGACUACCUUCAAGAAGAAAGCCUUCGGUUAGACUCUAUCCAAGAUGUGGCGGCGAUGGAAGAAGGACCUGACGAAACUCCCCAUUCUGCUAAUAAGGAAGUACUCCUUAUUGCCAAUCUUUCUCCCCAAACAACUAAAACAGAACAGAUCAUCCGUUUCUUCGAAGUUGUUGGGAGUGUUGUUUCUGUUCGCCUUAUUGUUGACCACGAGUGUAAGCAUGUGGGCUAUGGCUUUGUUGAAUUUGAUUCUUCUUACGAAGCAGAGAAGGCUCUGAAAGAGUUGAAUGGUGAAUAUUUGCAUGAUCACAAGAUUCUGUUGAUGAGAGGACUUGAUGAUGAAACUCCCCAUUCCGUUGAGGAAGCUGCCACUGUAAGAAAUAAGACGCUCUUUGUUUCCGGUCUCUCUCGCCAAACCAAAAUAUCAGAAAUCGUCAGUUUCUUUAAAGAUGUUGGAGAAGUUGUUCAUGUUCGACUUAUUGUACGCCGCUGGGGUAACCUUCACGGGAAAGGCUUUGUUGAGUUUGCUUCUGCUAACGAGGCAAUGAAGGCGCUGGAAAAGAAAAACGGUGAAUAUUUGAACGGUAGCGAUGUUUUCCUUGCUUAUUUUCAGACACCUCCAUACCACCGACGACCCAAGUAUUUCAUAGAUCACAAGGUUUGGUACCAAGACUACCUUCAACGAGAAAGCCUUGAGAUAAAAGAAGAUGUGGCGGCAGUGGAAAAAGGACUUGAUGAAACCCCCCAUUUUACUGAGGAAAUUGUAAGAAAAAAGACGGUCUUUGUUGACGGACUCUCUUACAACACAAGAAUAUCAGAUAUCAUCAACUUCUUCAAAGAUGUUCGAGAAGAAAUUAUUCGUGUUCGAUUUAUUGUAGACGGCACGGGUGACCAUGUGGGCUGUUGCUUUGUUGAGAUGGCUACUGCUAACGCAGCGAAGAAGGCGGUGCAGGAGAAUUAUAAAACUAACAAGUUUUUUGUUUACGCUGCUGAGAUAGCUGCUCCAUGUCCUUUCCAACCCAAGUACAAGCUUGCAGACCUUGCCGAGAAACUUUGGUACGAAGAUAGCCUUCGCCAAAAAAGCCUUUGUGGUCAGAAGCUCAAACCCAUUCUGAAUGAAAACAAGGAAGCUGCCGUACCAGUAAGGACUCUGUUUAUUGCCUCUUUAUCUCGCCAUUCAACUGAAAUAUCAGAUAUCAUCGACUUCUUCAAAGAUGUUGGACAAGUUGUUCGUGUUCGACUUGAAAUCAACGACAGAGGCAAGUUUGUUGGCUGUGGCUUUGUUGACUUUGCUUCUGCCAACCAGGCAAAUAAGGCCCUGCAAAAUAAGAACGGUGAAUAUUUGCACGAUCGCAAGAUUUUUCUUGCUGAUGGCAGUGGAGCUACUUUCAUUCCACCCAAGUUUUGUGUAGACCACAAGGUUUGGUACGAAGAAGAAGACUACCUUCAAGAAGAAAGCCUUCGGUUAGACUCUAUCCAAGAUGUGGCGGCGAUGGAAGAAGGACCUGACGAAACUCCCCAUUCUGCUAAUAAGGUUAAUUGUUUUAGAUCCUGCGACUGCGAGUCCAUCACUGAAGAUGCUGUUAGCUCGUGCUGA